CCGGGCAUGAGGAGCUGAGCGUCUCCAGCGAGGCUGCUGACGGCGGCACCAUGCAGGCGGCGGCGGCUGCGUCCGUGCCCUUCUUGCUGCUCUGCGCCCUGGGGACCUGCCCCCAGGCGCGCUGCGGCCGCGCAGGAGACGCCUCGCUGACGGAGCUGGAGAGGAGGAACGAGAACGGCUUCCUGGAGCGCCAGAGCAUCGUGCCGCUCCGGCUCCUCUACCGCUCCGGCGGCGGAGACGAAACCGGGCACGACGCGCUCAACACGCGGGUGCGGGGCGACCCCAGAGGCGCUCAGUUGACUCAUGUUGACCAGGCAAGCUUCCAAGUUGAUGCCUUUGGAACAUCCUUUAUUUUUGAUGUCCUGCUAAACCAUGAUUUGCUGUCCUCUGAAUACAUAGAGAGACACAUCGAACAUGGAGGAAAGGUUGUGGAAAUUAAAGGAGGAGAGCACUGUUACUACCAGGGCCACAUCCGAGGAAACUCUGCCUCAUUUGUUGCAUUGUCAACAUGCCAUGGGCUUCAUGGGAUGUUCUAUGAUGGGAAUCACACCUAUCUCAUUGAGCCAGAAGAAAAUGACACCUCCCAAGAGAAUUUUCAUUUUCACUCGGUUUACAAAUCCAGACUCUUUGAAUUUCCUUUGGAUGAUCUUCCCUCCGAGUUCCAACAAGUAAACAUCACUCCACCCAAAUUUAUUUUGAAGCCAAGACCAAAAAGGAUUAAACGGCAGCUCCGUCGACAUCCUCGAAAUGUAGAGGAGGAAACCAAAUAUAUUGAACUGAUGAUUGUGAACGAUCAUCUCAUGUUUAAAAAACACCGGCUUUCAGUUGUACAUACCAAUACGUAUGCGAAGUCUGUGGUGAACAUGGCCGACUUAAUAUAUAAAGACCAACUUAAGACAAGGAUAGUAUUGGUUGCCAUGGAAACCUGGGCAGCUGACAACAAGUUUGCCAUAUCUGAAAAUCCACUGAUCACCCUACGUGAGUUUAUGAAAUACAGGAGGGAUUUCAUCAAAGAGAAAAGUGAUGCAGUUCACCUUUUUUCGGGAAGUCAAUUUGAGAGUAGCCGGAGCGGGGCAGCUUAUAUUGGUGGGAUUUGCUCGUUGCUGAAAGGAGGAGGCGUGAAUGAAUUUGGGAAAACUGACUUAAUGGCAGUUACUCUUGCCCAGUCAUUAGCCCAUAAUAUUGGUAUUAUCUCAGACAAAAGAAAGUUAGCAAGUGGCGAGUGUAAAUGUGAGGACACGUGGUCUGGAUGCAUAAUGGGAGACACCGGCUAUUAUCUCCCUAAGAAGUUCACCCAGUGUAAUAUCGAAGAGUACCAUGACUUCCUGAAUAGUGGAGGUGGUGCCUGCCUUUUCAACAAACCUUCUAAGCUCCUCGAUCCUCCUGAGUGUGGUAAUGGCUUCAUUGAAACCGGAGAGGAGUGUGACUGUGGGACCCCGGCAGAAUGUGUCCUUGAAGGAGCAGAGUGUUGUAAGAAGUGCACCUUGACUCAAGACUCUCAGUGCAGUGAUGGUCUUUGUUGUAAAAAGUGCAAGUUUCAGCCUUUGGGGACUGUGUGCCGAGAAGCAGUAAAUGAUUGUGAUAUUCGUGAAAUAUGCUCAGGAAAUUCAAGCCAGUGUGCCCCAAAUAUUCAUAAAAUGGAUGGAUAUUCAUGUGAUGGUGUUCAGGGGAUUUGCUUUGGAGGAAGAUGCAAAACCAGGGAUAGACAAUGCAAAUACGUCUGGGGGCAAAAGGUGAUGGCAUCCGACAGAUACUGCUAUGAGAAACUGAAUAUCGAAGGGACCGAGAAGGGCAACUGUGGGAAAAAUAAAGACACGUGGAUACAGUGCAACAAACGGGAUGUGCUUUGUGGCUACCUUUUGUGUACCAAUGUUGGUAAUAUCCCACGGCUUGGAGAACUUGAUGGUGAAAUCACAUCUACUUUAGUUGUGCAGCAGGGAAGAACAUUAAACUGCAGUGGUGGGCAUGUUAAGCUUGAAGAAGAUGUAGAUCUUGGCUACGUAGAAGAUGGGACACCUUGUGGUCCCCAAAUGAUGUGCUUAGAACACAGGUGUCUUCCUGUGGCCUCCUUCAACUUUAGUACUUGCUUAAGCAAUAAAGAAGGCCUUGUUUGUUCAGGAAAUGGAGUUUGCAGUAAUGAGCUGAAGUGUGUGUGUAACAGACACUGGACCGGGGCAGACUGCAGCACUUACUUCCCUCACAACGACGAUGAAAAGGCUGGUAUAACUCUGUCCGGCAACGGUGUUGCUGGUACCAAUAUCAUAAUAGGCAUAAUUGCUGGCACCAUUUUAGUGCUGGCCCUCAUAUUAGGAAUAACUGCAUGGGGUUAUAAAAACUAUCGAGAACAGAGACAGUUACCCCAGGGAGAUUAUGUAAAAAAGCCUGGAGAUGGCGACUCUUUUUAUAGCGACAUUCCUCCUGGAGUCAGCACAAACUCAGCAUCUAGUUCUAAGAAGAGGUCUGCUUUUCUGUCGCAUUUUCAGAUUUCUACCUGUUCCAUCACACAUUAUUCCAUUAGUCAGAACAUUUCAUUAUUUUGCAGCAGGUCAAAUGGACUCUCUCAUUCUUGGAGUGAAAGGAUUCCAGACACAAAACAUAUUUCAGACAUCUGUGAAAAUGGGCGACCUCGAAGUAACUCUUGGCAAGGUAACGUGGGAGGCAACAAAAAGAAAAUCAGAGGCAAAAGAUUUAGACCUCGGUCUAAUUCAACUGAGAGGGAGCCCCAAGCACCUGAGCCUGGGCACUCCCUCGCCCAGACAGUCCCAUCCCAAGGCAUAAGCCCAGGGGGUUCUGACAGCCCCCAGACAGGGAGUCUGGAUCACAGGUAUUUAAACCCAUGGUUCAAAAGAGACUAUAAUGUAGCUAAGUGGGUAGAAGAUGUGAAUAAAAACACUGAAGGACCAUACUUUAGCUCCCAAGAUGGCCAGCGUCAGGAAGACAGGACUUUAUCUCCUGCCAAGUCUCCUUCUUCAUCAACUGGGUCUAUUGCCUCCAGCAGAAAAUACCCCUACCCAAUGCCUCCACUUCCUGACGAGAAGAAAGGGAACCGGCAAAGUGCCAGGCUAUGGGAGACAUCCAUUUAAGAUCAACUGUUUACAUGUGAUACAUCAAAACUGUUUACUUCAACUUUUAUAGAAACCCAGCCUCACGGAAUCACUGCAAAUCUAUCUGCUCUUCAGACGAUACGAACACCCUCUGAGAUGCCACAAAGGGGAAGAAGCCGAGUCUCACAUCUGGAUACCAUUUUCUUUUUGUCAUUGGCUUAGGAUUUAACUGAACCUUGAACAGAACUCCUGAGACCUUACACUAUAACAUGGCACAGUAAAGGAACUGGUAUGUUAAUGGAUAAUCCGCAUGACAGAUAUAUGUAGAAAUAUCACCAAAAUGAACUCACAUGACCCAAAUGUAGCAAGUUUUCUAAGGGACAACAGUGGAUUCAGAACUUGGCGUUCUGAAGCCCAUCCUCAUUGUAGACAGUGAUGCUGUGUGCAUGGCGCUUCUGUUUAUUGUUUUCCACAUCUAAGGAAACAACAUCCCAUAAUAGACACUAGCAUGCAGGGCUAAGGCAUAUAGGAUUUUUCCGCAGGACAUUAAAGCUUUGAGAGGCCAAUAUCCCAUAUGCUAACUUUAAACAUGUAUUUUGUUUUGUUUUUUUACUUUUCAUAUUUAUAGCAGCAUACAAGGACAAUUGUACAUAUAUGUAAACAUUUUUAAAAUAAAAAAAAGCAGCUGUUACACACAGUGUA